AUGUUGGAUCUGUUGGGGGUAGCCAGUGGCAGCAGCCCCCUGACGGUUGCCCUAGCCCACUCGUCAUUGCCCACGCUAUUGAUCCUGCUGGAGAUUAAUGCCAGGUCCAUAAAGAAUAAGACCACAGUACUCCGGGAUUUUCACGGAGAUCUGCAAAUGGAUCUGGCUUGUGUCACUGAGACCUGGGUGCGUGAGGGGGAGAUGGUCGCCUUGGGCGAGACCACGCCACCAGAACUUGCCCUUCUGAGCAGCAAACUGAAUUGCAGGGUUCAGACAAGGACCUCAUUUCCCAUGUCGCUGGAGCCUCUGGACAAGAUCCAGGAGCCCGGAGACCCCCUGGAGGUGGCUGAAUCAACUUCUCGCCAGGGAAUCUUGUCUGGAUUGCGUAAAAGUAGUCAAGACAAUGGAGUAGAAACAGAAGGGAAAAGAUUCACACUGCCAGCAAGCAGGUCCAUGAGAUCACAGGACACCUGGUUCUGGAUGAGGCCCCAGAAGAACCCAGAGAUCUGGAGAGCCCUGGAUCCAGCCUCUCAUUUACAAUCUCUCUCUUCAGUCCUACAGCCGUGCCUGCAAUUGAUGGCUGACAGCAGCAGCAAUGUUCAGCAACAAGAUGGUUCAAGUACAGUGCCAUGGCUGCUUAGUUUCAAAAGAGGAACAGCCCUGCAAGAACAAGGGAAUAAAAUCCUGGUCAGAGAGACUGGCUACUUCUUUGUAUAUGGGCAGGUUUUAUACAGGGAUGAGCUGUUUGUGAUGGGCCACUUGAUCCAGAGGAAGAAAGCCCACGUGGUCGGCAGUGACCUCAGCUUGGUGACAUUAUUUCGUUGCAUCCAAAACAUGCCUCCGACCAACCCAAACAACUCUUGCUACACUGCUGGCAUUGCGAGGUUAGAAGAAGGAGAUGAGCUUCAACUGACCAUUCCCCGGAGCGGAGCCAAAAUAGCCUUGGAUGGAGAUGCCACCUUUUUUGGGGCUGUCAGACUUCUGUGAUGCUCUCCCACGAUGACUUCCCAGCUUCUUCUGGUGCUCAGAACGACCCAAAAGAUACAGCUUCGGGGCUGCUGGUUUUUCAGCGGGUUGAUACUUUUCAGCUUGGUUGGCCCGGGCUAGAUCUCGUCAGCUCUUGGAGGCUCAGCAGGGUUAGCCGCGGUGAACACUUGGACGGCAGAUGACCCAGCGAGUCCAGGGUUGCUUUGCAGGGGCAGGAAAUGGCAAACCACCUCUGUUCAUCUCUCGCCUUGGAAACUCUGUGGGGUCACAAUAGAUUGGCUGUGACCUGGCUGUGCUUCUCACCACCUCUUUCUGCUUAGUUAACUUAUUCAAAACAGGAAACCCAACACAUGUACUAAUAAUACACCAUCCUCAUGUAGAGUACCAGAAAUGAAACUAGUCUGGGGAAGAUAUAAAUAGUAGCUGUUCUUGGUAAAGGGGUAUCAGUUCUUCAGAAGUGUCCACGUGGGGCAAAAGUAAUUGUGCGGAGGUGCAAUUAGCAUAUGCUUGGAAUAGGCGUAUUUGUUCAUGAGUGACUUUGUUCCUGUGGGAUGCACAAAUAGCUAUAGGUAGGAUCUCAAGUAUUUUAUAUUUUAUUUUAAUAGAAAAUCAGGAGCUGAAGACUGUUACAUUUAAAAUGUCGGUAAUCUUUGCUAAUGCACUUGCAGGUAAAUAUUAAAUUUUGGAAGAAGA